ACCGGUUGAGAGAGGAAGAUAAAAGGAGAGCGUUGUAGCGCUGAACUCUACAUUGCAGUUCAGGAUCGAGGAGACCAUGAGUAAUUCUCCUCUGUGGCUGCUGGCCUCACUGGCCUUUGCUUAUUUGUGUUCUCUGGCCGAUGGUGUUACAUUGCAGGUGAUGUCCGCCCCCAACCUGUUGCGGGUAGGAGCGACAGAAAACAUUUUUGUGGAGUGUCAAGACUGCACUGGGGGCGACAUAAAGGUGGAAAUAAAAGUGAUGAACCAUCCAACCAAAACCAAAACGCUUGGCUCGGAGGCAUCUGUGACCCUUAAUAGCGCUAACAACUUCCAAGGCCUUGGGCAAAUUAUGUUACAAAGCAAGGACUUUAGCAAAGACCCCAACGACAAGCAGUAUGUGUACCUGCAAGCUAAAUUCCCUGACCGACUGUUGGAGAAGGUUGUGCUCGUCUCCUUUCAGUCUGGAUACAUCUUCAUCCAGACAGACAAGAAUCUCUACACCCCCGACAGCACGGUGAACUACAGAAUGUUCGGAGUGACGCCGAGCAUGGAGCCUAUUGAGAGAGAUCAACAUAAUGAAAAUGAGGCUGCCGCCAUAAUCAUUGAGAUGAUGACACCGGAAGAGGUCAUUUUACCUCUUGAGUUAGUCUUUCUGAAGUCAGGGAUGUAUUCUGGAAACUUCAAACUUGCUGAGAUUGUCAGUCCUGGAGUGUGGAAAGUCGUCGCCAGGUUCCAAAGUCACCCACAACAGAGCUUCUAUGCAGAGUUUGAAGUUAAAGAGUAUGUGCUCCCCAGUUUUGAAGUCAAAUUAACGCCUUCGGACCCCUUCUUCUAUAAGGAUAGCGAAGAGUUCACUGUCAAGAUCAGAGCCACGUAUCUAUUUGGCAAAGAAGUAGAUGGGACGGCCUUUGUGGUCUUUGGGUUUCUAAAGGAUGGCGAAAAGAGAAGUUUUCCUGAAUCUCUUCAGAGACUUUCUAUUGAGAAAGGCUGUGGAUUGGUCACACUCAAGAAAGCACAGAUGAUACAAACCGUCCCAAACAUCGAUGAUUUGGUGGGAAGUCACAUAUUUGUGUCUGCCAGCGUUAUGACAUUGAGUGGUAGUGAAAUGGUAGAAGCAGAGUUGAGAGGCAUCAACAUUGUCACAUCUCCAUACACCAUUGAGUUCAGGAAGACACCCACAUAUUUUAAACCAGGAAUGACCUUCGAUGUUACGCUUAAGGUCACGAAUCCUGAUGAAACUCCAGCACGAGGUAUCCCUGUGGUGGUGAACCCCGGUGAAGUGCAGGGCUUCACCUCUAACAACGGCAUUGCCAAGCUCACUGUCAAUACAGUCUCAAGGGAUGCAAUUUUGACCAUUGACGCAAGGACCAGUGAUCCUAAAAUCCUCGAUGGAAGGCAAGCAACUGCUACAAUGAAAGCCAUCCCAUAUAAUGCCAAAAGCAAAAAUUACAUCCACAUAGGUGUGGAUACAGCAGAGCUGGAUUUGGGAGAUAACUUGAAAAUCAACCUCAAUUUAAACAAGCCACCAACUCGAGAUACUGACAUCACAUAUUUGGUCGUCGGCAGAGGACAACUGGUGAAAUUUGGCCGUCAUAGGACCAUUGGCCAAGUUCUGAUCUCCGUCAUCAUUCCCAUCACCAAAGAUAUGCUCCCAUCAUUCCGUAUCGUAGCUUACUACCGUCCAGAUGACAGCGAGGUGGUGUCAGACUCGAUUUGGGUGGAUGUCAAGGACUCCUGCAUGGGCACGCUCAAACUGGAACCAACAAGUCGUGCACCAUCUUUUGAACCUCGCAAGAUCUUUGGACUAAGGGUCACGGGAGACCCAGAGGCCACAGUGGGCUUGGUGGCAGUUGACAAAGGCGUUUAUGUUCUGAACAAGAAGUUUCGUCUGACCCAGAAAAAGGUGUGGGAGGCUGUGGAAAAGCACGACACUGGCUGCACACCAGGUGGCGGCAAAGAUGGAAUGAGUGUCUUCUAUGACGCUGGACUGGUGUUUGAGACCAACGCUGGCCAAGGAACCCCUUACCGACAAGAGCUGAAAUGUCCAGCACCCAGCAGGAGUAAACGAGCUACAACUCUACUACAGGUUACUACAACCUUAGCAAGUAAAUAUGAAGGACUACAGAGGGAUUGCUGUUUGGAUGGCAUGGCGGAAACGCGACUCUCAUACACUUGUGAAACGCGCAGCGAGUACAUCACUGAUGGACCAGAGUGUGUCGCGGCUUUCGUGUAUUGCUGCCAAGAACUGGAAGGCCAGAGAGCUGAGAUGAAGCAAGACAUCCUUCAAAUAGCUCGAAGUGAGAAGAAUGAUCACAUUUACCAGGACAACAUUGAAAUUGUUACCCGCACAAAUUUCCCUGAAAGCUGGCUUUGGGCUGAGGUCAAAUUGCCUGCUUGCCCUCCACAUAGACGUAACUGUGACACAACAUCAUAUGAGAGAAUGGAGCCCAUGCGUGACUCCAUAACAACAUGGCAGUUUAUGGGUAUUAGUUUAUCCAAAACUCACGGAAUCUGUGUCGGUGAACCUUUAGAGGUGAUAGUACAGAAGGAUUUCUUCAUUGACCUCAAGCUUCCUUAUUCGGUUGUGCGUGGAGAGCAGAUUGAAAUCAAGGCAAUACUCCACAAUUACAGCCCUGACGAAAUCACAGUGCGUGUGGACCUGUUUGAGACAGCGGAUGUGUGCAGUGCAGCCUCCAAGCGCUCAAAGUUCCGCCAGGAGGUUGAAAUGGGGCCCCACACUACGCUAGCUGUACCCUACAUCAUCAUUCCCAUGAAAAAAGGAAUGUUUGGUAUCGAGGUCAAAGCAGCUGUGAGCGGUUCCCAUCUCGCUGAUGGAAUAAUGAAGAAGCUGAAAGUUGUGCCUGAAGGUGUCUUGGUUAAGGCUCCAAAGGUAAUAGACCUUGACCCUGCUAAAAAAGGAAUAAAUGGUAAACAAGAAGUCAUCAUCAACAGUCAAAUUCCAAAGAAAGAUGUGGUACCGGGCACAGAUUCUGUCACACACAUCUCUGUGAUGGGUAGAGAACAAGUUAGUGUAUUUGUGGAAAAUGCCAUUGGUGGGACAUCAAUGGGUAGUCUGAUUUAUCAGCCUGGUGGCUGUGGAGAGCAGAACAUGAUCCACAUGACCCUACCUGUAAUUGCAACCACGUAUCUGGACAAAACCAACCAGUGGGAAACUGUGGGCUUUCAAAAACGUGAUGAAGCACUGCAACACAUAAAAACUGGCUACAAGAAUCAGGUUGCUUACCGAAAUAAGGAUGGUUCUUUUUCUGUGUGGGCCAAAAAGCCGAGUAGCAGCUGGCUGACAGCCUAUGUUGCCAAAGUGUUCUCCAUGUCCAACCAGCUGGUGGCCGUGCAAAGAGAUGUGAUCUGUGAUGCUGUCAAGUUUCUUAUUCUCCAUGCACAGCAACCUGACGGCAUGUUUCGAGAAGUGGGCACGGUCGCUCACGGCGAGAUGAUUGGUGACGUGCGAGGUGGGGACUCAGACGCCUCAAUGACGGCCUUCAAUCUCAUUGCAAUGCAGGAGUCACGCGCACUUUGCUCUGCCACUGUUAAUAGCUUGGAAGAUAGCGAAGCCAAAGCACUUGCUUACCUGGAAAGGCGUCUGACCAGCCUCAAAAACCCGUAUGCUGUAGCCAUAACAUCGUAUGCUUUAGCGAACAAGGAUAAGCUGAACAAGGAGAUCCUCUUCAAGUUCGCUUCCCCAGAGUUAAGCCAUUGGCCUGUGCCUAAGGGACAUAUUUAUACACUGGAGGCAACAGCCUAUGCUCUUCUGGCUUUGGUCAAGGCCGGGCACUUUGAGGAGGCCAGACCUGUGGUGCGAUGGUUCAACAAACAGAGAAAGGUGGGCGGAGGCUAUGGAUCGACUCAGGCCACAAUUAUGGUGUAUCAAGCAAUAUCGGAAUACUGGAGCAGUGCCAAAGAGCCACAAUAUGAUCUGAAAGUGGAUAUUGACGUGCCGGGCAGAUCGUUACCUCUCAAAUACACCUUCAACAAGGAAACCUUUCAUACCACAAGAACAUCUGAUAUGAAAAGUAUUAAUCAAGAUAUCAAAGUGACAGCCGAAGGUAGUGGAGAAGCAACAUUUACAAUGGUGUCGUUGUAUUAUGCCCUGCCUUCCGAAAAAGAAAGUGACUGUCAGACAUUUGACUUAUCAGUGCAACUUAUUCCAGAAAGAAUUGAUGCGGAAGAGAAGAUAUACAAGCUACAAAUAGAGGUUAUGUAUAAAAGCAAAGAGCAUGAUGCAUCCAUGACAAUCUUGGACAUUGGCUUGUUGACUGGCUUCCGUGUUGACAACAACGACAUGGGCUUGCUGUCCAAAGGUCGUGCCCCCAUCAUUUCAAAGUAUGAGAUGAACACAGCCUUGUCAGAGAAGGGCUCUCUCAUCAUCUACCUGGACAAAGUCUCUUAUAGGCGUCGUGAGGAAAUCAGCUUUAGGAUCAUCCAGACCCUGAAAGUCGGCAUCUUACAACCGGCUGCUGUGUCUGUUUAUGAAUACUAUGAUGAGAGGCGUUGUGUGAAAUUCUACCAUCCCGAGAGGAAAGCUGGCCAGCUGCUGAAACUAUGCACAAAGGAUGAAUGUACCUGUGCUGAAGAGAACUGCAGCCUACAAAAGAAGGGUCAAAUCAGUAAUGAUUUGCGUGCACAAAAGUCUUGUGAGAGUACCCCGACUAGCAAGAUAGACUAUGUGUACCGCAUAGAAUUGGAAGCAUUUCAUGACGGUUUGUCAACUGACAUCUACAAAGCACGGGUGACCCAAGUCAUCAAAGAAGGAAAUAAAGAUAUGGGUGCCCAAGGCCAACUACGCACAUUCCUCAGUUAUCCACACUGCAGGGAGGCUUUAGAAUUGGACGUAGGCAAGUCGUAUUUAAUCAUGGGCUCAUCGAAAGAUAUUCACAGGGAUGACGAGACACAAACGUUCCAUUACAUUCUCGGAGAGAAAACGUGGAUCGAAUACUGGCCUACAACUGCUGAGUGUCAAUCCCAAGAACACAGACCUACUUGCAUAGGCAUGGAGUUCCUAAAAAGGAAAUAUGAAGGUUUUGCAUGCGAACAAUAGUCAAAAUCAAGCUCAGACAAUGAAAACACGUUUUCACUAUUCCCAGAAUGUCAAUCUUUUAUGUCAUGAAAUGUUACACUGUGCCGAUUAAAAUUAGAUGGCUAUUAAUCUCA